AUGCUGUCUCUCCAGGAAUUUGGCAUGUCGACUCCACAAAAAAACCUAAGGGAGUUUAUAGAUCCUGCACCCAUCUUGCCACCAGGCUCAGUUGUUCGUCCUGGAAAGGAGGUCUGUGGUUUCUAUCCCGGGCAACUAGGACCGGUCCACAAGGCACAUACAUCCAGAGGAGUUCCACAACCUUUCAGUAAACUGCAACCAGCUCCAACAGACUACUAAACUGAAUCUCCAUUCCAACCUGACUUUAACAAUUCAGCUCUCAGGAAGUAUGUGCAUUUUCAAAAAAUAAUGAAGACGACCACCAGCAACUGGUACAAUCAAACAUCAUGCAAAGCAGCAUUUGAUUCGCCAUAUCUCAACACAAGUCAUGAAAGUAAAUAUACACCAACAGAUCCUGGAUCACGUAUUAUCUGGACAAGCACUGGUAGGAGGAUGUUUUCAACUUUCCAGGCCUGCACUUGA